AUGGCUCAAUCCUUUGCAUUUAAUAUCGUAGAGACUGUCCUCAAGAGACUAGCCACUGAGGCUUACCAUGAAAUUUUCCAAGCUUGGGGUGUCCAAAGUGAUUUUGAAAGGCUUAAUGACUUGUUAACCACUGUCAAAGAUAUGCUUUUCGAUGCUGAAGAAAAACAAGCCGAUAAUAAUCAACUCCGCAAUUGGUUACAGAAGCUGAAGGAUGCCUGUUACGAUGCAGAAGAUGUGUUAGAUGAAUUUGAUAUCGAAGCAUCGCAGAGGCAUGUUAAGAAACAGAGGAGCAUUGGAAGCAAGGUAAGCAAUUUCUUUUCAAGCUCAAACCCAAUUGCUUUUCGAUUUAGGAUGGCCCAUAAGAUUAAAAAGGUUAAUGAGAGGUUUGGUGAGAUUGCUGCUUUUAAAAAAAUUUUCAUCUCACUGAAAGACAUGAUGGCACUAGCCAUGUCGUGCGCUUGGACAGAGAGACCCACUCCUUUGUCCAAGCAGCAGAUAUCAUUGGUAGAGAUGAAGACAAACAAAAAAUAA